UCCCUUGGCUGUGGCCUUUUGGGCGUCACUUCCCUCAGCUUCCCGGCCUUCGCCUUCCCUCGCCUCGAUCCAGCGCUCGAUCGGUCCAUCGGCGAUGGGCGCCCUGUGCCCGGGCUUCUGCCCAGUGCCCCACAGCUCCCGGGACCAGGCGUGGCUGGCGGUGGGCGUGGGCCUGGGCGCCUUGCUGCUCUCCAAGCUGCGGAAGGGCAAAACCUCCGUGGCCAGGGCAAGCCCGGUGCACGUGCUCUUGGUCCAUGCGCAGUUUAAGUCGGUGGACCAGAAGAAGAAGUUCAAAGAGAUCUGGUCGAACAUGGCUCGCAUCGCCCUGACAGAGGAGCCGAACUGUUUGUCUUACGAGUUCUGCGACGCAGUGGAUGAUCCCCAGAAGGCCAUUAUCUACGAGCGGUACGUGUCCCGGGCUGACCUGGACGGCCCGCAUCAGAAAAGUUUGGACAAGUGGAAGGCCAAGUACGGCGAGGCCUUGGAAGCUUUGGGGGAGUUCACAAUGGAAUUGACCCACUUCACCGAGAGCAACAUCGGUUUCAUGGAGAAGUGAGUGAGUGAGUGAGUGAGUGGCCGGGCCUGUAGGGCAGGAUGUAGGGAGUCGCCGCUGGUCUGCC